CACACGCAGUCCGUUGCAAAGCUUAGGUCCGUUGGUUUGUUGUUGGCGCGUGAUGUCGUCCUCGGUGCUCGAGCGCAGCGCGACGCUGCUGCUCCGCGCUCUUUCCCGGCUCCUGCGCGCCCUCCUCUCGCUCUUCCAGACGUUCGGCGGGCCCAGGAAUUCCCGACCGGUCCCACCCGCCGUCCAGCCUCUCCUCCUGCUCCCGGGAGUGGAGUUAGCGCGCCGGAUUCGACGGAGGCAGGUGAAGAGUGUGGAUGUAAUAGAAGCAUAUAUUGGCAGAAUCAAAGAUGUCAAUCCCAUUGUCAAUGCUCUUGUCGCAGAGAGGUUUUCAGCUGCCCUGAAAGAGGCCCAGCAGGUGGAUAAAAGACUUGCUGAAGGAAAUGAAGAUGAAAAGUUACUCGAAGAGAGUGUUCCUUACCUUGGUGUUCCUUUUACAGUCAAAGAAGCAUUUGCAUUAGAGGGUUCACCUAAUUCUUCCGGUCUUGUAAGCCGUAAGAAUGUAAUUUCCCCUACCGAUGCUGCAGUUGUCACUAAUCUUCGAAAAGCUGGUGCUAUCCCUUUAGGUGUGACAAAUUGCAGUGAACUGUGCAUGUGGUAUGAAUCUAGUAACAAUUUAUAUGGGACAACCAGAAAUCCAUAUAAUGUGGAUCGCAUUGUGGGUGGAAGCUCUGGUGGUGAGGGGUGCAUUAUUGCUGCAGCUGGGUCAGUAAUGGGCGUAGGUUCUGAUAUUGGUGGAAGUAUUCGAAUGCCUGCCUUCUUCAAUGGAAUUUAUGGGCAUAAACCUACAACAGGUUUGGUACCUAAUGAUGGUCAGUUUCCAGAUGCAACAGGUUUAAGAGAGAAGUUCCUAUGUACUGGUCCGAUGUGUCGUUAUGCGGAGGAUCUCAUUCCAAUGCUCAAAGUCAUGGCUGGUCCAAAUAUCUCCAAGGUAAGGCUUGAUGAAGAAGUAUUUAUGAAGAAAGUGAAGUUCUAUUCCAUGGAAAAUGAUGGUGGAUCGUCAUUUGUGUCUAAAGUGGACAAUGAGCUAAUUCGAGCUCAAAGGAGGUUAAUUGAAUACCUUGAAGAGCAAUUUGGUAUUCAGGUGCAACAAGUUCAGAUUCGCAAAAUGAAGUAUGCUUUUCCGAUAUGGUCAGCAAUGAUGUCCUCUCGUGGCACUGAUGGCAAGGAACCUGUGUCUUUCAAAGAUUUGAUGGGAGAUUGUGGGAAGGAAAUGAAACCACUGUGGGAACUGGUGAAAAAAAUGCUGGGACUCUCAGUACACACAUUUCCAGCUAUAGGUCUUUCUAUUUUGGAGGAUUUGGCCAAGAUAAAUCAACGCAAUAAUGCUAAGUUGAUGAGCAUGUGCCAGAGUCUUGAAGCUGAGUUUUGCAGUCUUCUUGGUGACGAUGGUAUAUUUUUAUACCCAUCUCAUCCAAAAAUUGCACCCAGACACCAUCACCCUAAAUUUAUGCCUUUCAACUUUGCAUACACAGCAAUUUUUAACGUGCUUGGACUGCCAGUGACCCAGUGCCCCCUUGGAAUGAGUAAAGAUGGGCUGCCACUUGGAAUUCAGCUUGUAGCCAAUCACCAUUAUGACCAUCUUUGUCUCGGUGUGGCUCGACAUUUAGAAAUUGCUUUUGGUGGAUGGCAAAAUCCAGGAGCACCCUGAAUGUACAUCAAAUUAAUCUUCCUGCUGAAUCAACAUUUAUGUCCAAUGUUACCCAAUAAAAGGCAUGAAACCAAAUUUAAGAUAUUUUCUCAUUUAAGAAAUAAUCACAUUUGUCAAACCAAUUCAAUAGCAAUGUUAAUGAAAACAUAAUUUAAAAGUAGCAUUUUUCUUAUAGUUAUACAUUGUUCCAAUAUUAAUACAUAUAAACCUAGAUGUGUUAAUGAUGCAAAAUUGUGUAUGAUUAAUGAUUGUAUAAGUUGGUGUUAAAAUUAAUCUAUUGUAAUCAAGCUCUAAAAUUUAUUUAUGAACUGCAGGCUUGAAUAAACACUUAGCUUGAAUGUUUUCUGUUGAUUUAUUUUAAAAGAUUGUAAAGAUGAUGCCUGUUUAACCAUAUCAUGUGAAUCAUUUUUUUGUUUUUUGUGACCUUUCAGCAGAACUGUUUCUCAUGUUGAUUUUCAUUGUUGUUUAAUAAUAAUAGCAGUAAAAUUAAUGAAUGAUGCUGACUCCAAUAAACUGAGAACUGAUGUUAUUGUAAAUUAUCUUAUUUCCAAAUGUAGGUUGUUCUGUCAAAGAAUAUAUUGUUUUAGAUUUGUCUUGGAAUUGCAGUAGAAUUUUCUUCCUAGAUGUAUAAUAUAUUCUUGAAAUGUAAAUGUGUAUCUGAUGGCCAGUUUAAGGCAAUACAUUUUUUAAAA